GCGGACCCGCCCUCAGUCCGCCAUUUCUGAUUUCAAUCGGGUUAGGAGCAGGAUGAACUGAAUAUUAUCUGUUACGGAACUGGUUCUGUUUUUUUUUUUUUUAACUUAACCCCGAUACCAACUUUUUGGAAAAAAUAUUGCUUGUGAAAAGAAGAAUAUGCAAUUUUUCUUUUUAAAGUGUGAAUUGUAUUUCUAUCUGAAGACAUUUUCGCAGGCCGCCAUUUUCGCGUAGAAUCUUAAGUCUGUAUUGGAGCUAAAAAAAGAGCUUAUUAAUAAAUUGCUUCCUUAUUUAAACUUACAGUCAGUUAGCUUAGUAGUGGGAACGCAAUCGAGGUAGAUCUGGACAGAAGCAAUGUGCAACCUUUUUAAAGCAAUGGGGGCAGAUCUGGUUAAGUAAUCUAUAUUAUCCCCCGAUUAUAUUGUGCGCCGUGUUUCUGAAAUUAAGUCCACCAGCAGUGGAUGGUUCCCAAAAACAAGGGACGGUUAUAUGUGAAGGUCGCAAACUACGUCUUAUUAUUGCUUUUUUCUAAAACGUUAACACGAAUAUCUUGUGUAUGUGGCUUUAGGGGGACAGCAGAAUGAACUAAAGUGGAUUCCGGACAUUCUGGAAGAAACGUGCUGGCGAAGGAGAAUCUUAGGAAGUUUCGCUGUGUCACCGACCCUGAAAGUUGCUUGAAUUAAUUUUUUUUCCUGUUUUGUGAGGAGUAGCUCGGAGGGGUGAGCAGUCGCCCUGGAUCUUGAUGUUUUUAUAGAUCUUCAAGGGGUUGUCUGACACGCAAACAAGACCAUGUCAUCUGCGCGCUUCGAUUCCUCGGAUAGGUCCAGUUGGUAUUUUGGUCCUGUUUCUCGGCAAGAGGCCCAGAACCGAUUACAGGGACAGAGGCACGGCGUGUUUUUGGUCCGGGAUUCGUCAACAUGCCCUGGCGAUUAUGUGCUCUCUGUGUCAGAGAACUCUAAAGUGUCUCAUUAUAUCAUCAACUCGCUGCCCAACAAGAAGUUUAAAAUCGGUGAUCAGGAAUUUGAACACUUACCGGCCCUAUUGGAAUUCUACAAAAUACAUUAUUUGGAUACGACGACGUUGAUUGAACCAACGUCCAGGUACCCCAAUCCAAGUGUAAUAUCCAGCCCAGCACCUGUUAUGGGCCCACCAGAAGAGAAUUUGGAGUAUGUUAGGACUCUGUAUGAUUUCACUGGGAAUGAUGCAGAGGAUCUUCCCUUCAAAAAAGGAGAAAUCCUUGUAAUUUUAGAAAAACCUGAAGAGCAGUGGUGGAGUGCCCGCAACAAGGAAGGCCGAGCAGGCAUGAUUCCUGUGCCAUAUGUAGAGAAGCUUGUUAGACCUCAUCAGCAUCAGUUUCAUGGUAAUAGGAAUUCAAACAGCUAUGGUAUCCCUGAGCCUGCACAUGCCUAUGCUCAGCCACAGACACCUUCACCUCUGCCACCAAAUACACCAGGAGCUGUCAUAAAUCCUCUGCCUUCUACCAACAAUGGACCGGUCAUGGCUAAAGCUAUACAAAAACGAGUGCCAUGUGCAUAUGACAAGACAGCAUUGGCACUAGAGGUUGGAGACAUUGUAAAAGUAACAAGGAUGAACAUUAGCGGGCAGUGGGAAGGUGAAGUGAAUGGUCGAAGAGGUGUUUUUCCCUUUACUCACGUGAAAAUAAUUGAUCCCCAGAACCCAGAAGAUGGCGAAUGAUGAGAAUGUGGAGGUGCUAAUUUUAAAUGAACAGGGAUAACCUGUACUGUUGCCUGGCUUCGUUAUUUGAUGGUUCCCUGUAUCAUGCUCACACUGCACUUCUGUCUGCAGAAAAAGAAGAAAUAUAAUUAAUAUUAUCUGCUGCAAUAGCUGGGAUUUAUUUCUGACUUCUGAGCUCUGCCUAUAGACUGCGAUUAACCCCUUUUUCCUGUUUUGAUUUACUUAAAUGAAACUGAGUUUACCAAGAACUGUUUAUUUUAAAAUGUUUUAUGAGAAUGUCUUUUUGUUGGCUGUAAUGCUGAGCCAUAAAAUUGAUCUGCUGGGUUAUUUUGGAAUUAAGACUUCAAUCAGUAGUGUUUUUAAGAAGCACCUUUUAACUUUCUAUUAUGAAAAUCGAGACAUAAACGACUUACAAAGACUGGAAAAAAUUUCUCUCUUUGUAUCCCUUGUCUCUCAAUACAUCUCUCAUCUUACUCAGCACGCCACAAAGAAUCCAUAUAGAUAGGCAGGUGGCCAUAAAUCUGAUUAAAACUUACUGUAUUGUUGAGUUCAACAACGUUUAAUAUAGUCCAUUUUUGGCAUGGUUUCAGAUGUGCCUGAUGCAUAGUCACCCUCAUGAAUAGUGAGUAAAAUGCCAUAUAAUCCUGUUUACAUCCAUCGUUUCCUAAAGAAAGUCUGUCAAGUAUCGACAAAACAGCUUUAAAAUGUUCUGCAUUUUUGUAGGCUAUUUUAUCUUUGCAACAGUCUCAGUAAGGCUAGCUAAGUGUAACAUUUAUGUUGUAGUAGCAGCUUAAGAGAUGUAGGGUAGACAAAGAUAAUUAGAGAAAAUUAAAUUGCAUUAGUGCUUGGUGCAAAAAAUGUUGAAAGGGAAACACUUCAACAAUGUUUUCUUGGCUGAUAAUGGAUAUGAAAGAUGUCUGUAUGUAACUGAUUUUUCCUGCAUGCAUGUGUUAAUGUGUAGACAUCAAAGAAUACAUGGCACGGUGACUGGAAGCAAGAUAUUGCACAUUGUCAUUAGAACUGUAAUCUGUCAUUUGAAGAGUUGAAUAUUUUAUUUUACAACCUGUCAUCAUUCUUACCAAAGUUACAAUCUGUGUGUUUCUUUUGAGUUAUAGAACUACCUUAAGAAAGUGGGGGGGGGGGGGGGUGCCUAGAUUCUUACUUUAGUAGAUUUAUGACUGACAGCUUUAUUAAGCAUUUGCAGUCACAAGGUGGGGUUGUCAAAAUCUGCAAAUCUAGCCCAAUCACCUCAACUGUACUUUGUUUCUUUUUUUUGGAUCUUUUUGUAUUUCUUCCUUUUGUGAAAGUGUUUCCCUUUUAAAACAUUGUGCUACUACUUUUGUUUUAAAUGUACACAUAGCUCUAUAUUUUAGAGAGUUGUGUACAAGAAAUUUGUUUAAACGGGGAAAAGUGGCCUCUGCUGUGGCAUUCUUAGCAUUACUGUUCAAAAGUUGGAUACAAGCAGCACUUUUUGCCAUGUAAUUUGAUUAAAGCUUAUUUUGGUUCCUUUUAUAGAAUCUUUGGGAUGGUAGUUUCUCUUCCUGUGUUAAAUUAGGCUUGACUUUUAACCCUCUGAAUCUAAAAUAAUCAGAACUACUGGCCUUUAAUAUUUCAAGUUACAUAUAAACUACAUAAUAAAGGUAGUUGAAAACAUUUGCGAUACAAGUGAAAUUAGGGGUUAUGUGCAAGCUUAGAGUUUUUUUUUUUUUUGUUUUGUUUUGUUUUUUUUUUUAAAUUUAAUAACAGUAUUAAAGUUCUUGUAUUCAUUAUUUAGGGUACCUUUAAAGUGUCCAUGUAUUUUCUUAUUUUAUUAAACAAAUUAGUGCCUUUUAUUUUCUUAUGCCAUUUACACGUGUAACAUGUCACUUGGUUUAAACCAGUGCUGAAUGGACUCGUGAUGUACAGUGCAAGCAAAUAAAAUUUAAAUUGACACAAA